AUGUACUUCUGCCGCCACACAAGUGAGGAGAAACCAUCAAAAGAUUCCCACAGCAAACGAAACGUCCAUGAGGCCAGAAUGAUCACGGAAGCUGCAAAAACGUUUUGUCAACAGGGAGUUCGUCCAUCUAGAAUUACAGUACUUUGCGCAUAUCGAGGACAGGUAAGUGAACUUUGGAUGCUUUUAAUCUCUACAACCGAAGUAUGAUUUCAUCCUGAGAACAUGCAUAGUGAUAAAAUUAACAUCCUUUGCAAAAGUUCAGGUGGGUCACAGCAGUUUACAGCUCUGUUUUUUAAUUCACCAUUAUUGCUGCUCUGAGUCUGGUGAUGGUGAAAUACUCCUUUUAAAUGUCCAAUCUUUGUAAAUCAUAUUAUGACUGUCCUUGUUACUUAACUCAAGUUGAGCCAUCAUAACAACAUUAUAACCUGUUAAAUACAUUCUUAUUUUUAUCUAUGAAAGUUAGCAACCUAAAAUGAACUUGGAAACCCCCAUUACUAUUUUUGAAUGGUGUUCUUUUCAUUAAGAUAAAACUUUUAUGUAAAUUUAAGGAGGCUCUAAAUCCCAGUUGUUUAAAAAUGUGCGAAAAGUUUCUUUUGUUUAAUGAUUUUGGAAUUGUUAAAUAAAGAAAAUGGGGGCCUACUUAGCUGGUUUUCGAAAUGGCUAACACUACGAGCAUAUGUAAUGUUCAGCAAAGUUUGUUUAAUACCUUCUUUUCAUCACCUCAUGUAGGAUGAUAGCUAUGAUACAUCGAAGACCAAGCAUUGUACACAGUUGGAAGUGCUACCGUUUGACCCUCAGAUACCUGAUCGAAUUGCAAUGUAUUUGUCAGUGUUUGCCUUUUUGGGGGGAAGACGAAGACUGCACCAUCUACCAUAUCACCCUUUAGACACUGACUACAAGCAAAUGGCGACAAGCUAGCACACAUGGUGCAAGGCUGGUGGGGGCGAUUCUGAUUCCCACCUUUGAAGCAUCGCUUUCCCCUAUUGUUGCUGAUGAGCCGUUCAUCGCAACGGUACACAGAACUCACAGAUUCUUUUUCGUUUUCAUGUUUAUUCUCCGUACAAUAAGUCACUAAGAAGACUUCUGAAUUAGAAUAAAUUCUAGAAAACUCUCUCCCUGAAAACUCUCAAUUUUUGUCGUGUCCGGUUGUCUGAUUUUGCUCACACGUGUUUUUUACCUUAUUUGGUAGUAUUCGCAAGUGUCACAAACUAAGAGGGGUGGGGUCCGUCAAAACUCUUGAAUACUGUCAAGGAGAACAAAUAAUACAUUGUCUUCAGGAGGUUACUUAGGGUACCAGUUGCUCUCUCUAUGUAUAUCCAAACUGGACUGAUAACUACAGGAUACCACUGGCCAUUUUUUUUAUCUUGUUCUAAUUGUUAAGGUGAUAUACUCCUUUUGCAGGUCACUGAAAUAAAAGAUUUCUUCCAAUCCACAAAUGUUGAGAAAAUGGGUGAGAUUGAGGUGACGACGAUAGACGCUUUUCAGGUAUGGAAAGUUCCUCUCAUGUCUUUUAUCAAUGUGAAAUAGAACAAUGGUUAACUUCUUUAAAAACAUUUAUCAUUUUCAGUUGAAAAUCCUUUCCUUAGUGUGGUCCCGAGACAUCUAAACUUUAAACUCCGUGGUAAUAAAUUGAUAUGACUAAAAUCUUAUGGCAUCAUUGAAGAAAGUGUAACGAGUUAACUAGUGUAAGCAAUUCGGCAAACAAUUAAAGGAUAUAAUGUGAUUCGAAUCCGUCACCCUCGCGAUCCCGGAGAGAUUCUGUACCAAAUGCGGUGCUUUGAAGUGAAAGGAACGGAAAAUUUUAAAAAAGAACUAUCUACGACGUUUGAGAAUGAGGUUCUUAUCAUACCUAAUCAUUUUCUUCUACAGGGGCAGGAAAAUGACAUCAUUCUCGUUUCUCUGGUCCGCAGUAACAAUGAGAACAAGAUUGGUUUUUUGUCACAAAAGAAUCGUAUUUGUGUGGCAAUUUCACGAGCACGUUGUGGCUUGUAUCUCUUUGGUAAUCAAGCUCAAUUG